ACUACGAGUACUAUCACCGCCACCCCUACUCCUACUGGUGUACAAAUCCAUCCCAACAGCAACAACACUAAGUGUAUGGACGUUGCGGGUAACAUCCGGCAGAAUGGAACUCCGGUUCAGAUAUUCGACUGCAAUGGCAGUUCAGGUCAACGAUGGAACAUCACAAGAGGCCUCACGAAGGUUCAACUUGCGGGCACGAACUUCUGCUUGGAUGCUGGCUUGCCGAACCUCUUCGGCAAUGGCGACAGGCUGAAGAUCUGGCAGUGCAUUGAUACUAUCCCAGCUCAAACGUGGGCCUACACGAACCAGAAUCAGAUCUUGCUCCUUGCGACAGAGCCUAGCAUUAACCCUCAAUGCGUUGAUCUCCCCGAUGGACAGACCUUCAACGGAAAUCAACUGCAAACCUUCCAAUGCUCCCCUCUCUAUGCGAACCAGAUCUGGACCACUACGUCUUAA